AAACCCAUCUAAUCUAAGCAUCCUUUAUUUUGUUAGGAAAUCACCUCCCUAUCAAAACCCUAAUCCUCACAACACCAACAAGCCGUCGUCUUCCUCCCCUCACAGUAGCCAUGAGAAAUCAAUGGCGUUUGCUUCUUCUUCGACCUAGUAUUCCAUCUCAACGACCUCACUGCUCCACCCGUUUCUCUCUUUCCCAAUCCCAUUCUCAUUCCCGUAGUUCUGUUUUCCAUGGACACUUCUCUUCCCUCCGUGAUUCUGCUCCGCCUCCAUUCAUUUCCCACUUACAUCUCCCUGAAACGUCCACUUUUCGCCGUUUCUCGACGUCCGGCCUCGCUGUCGACCAUAAUGAUUCGGAUCACGUCGCUUUGGUAUCCGAGAUCUUCUCUAAGCCAACACGAAGUAACGACGAGAUCUCGCUGGAGCUCCAAUCCAGCAAUGUGGUCAUUACCCACGAGUUGGUUUUGAAGGUUCUGAAGAGUCUUAACGCUGUCCCAGAUGCUUCCAGGAGGUUUUUUGAUUGGGUUUCCGCAACCAAAGGUGAGAAAUUGUCUUCAAAAUCUUACAAUUUAAUGUUGGGUAUUUUGGGUGUUAAUGGGUUAGUCGAUGGAUUCUGGGACUUGGUUGAUGUUAUGAAGAAGAUGGGAUAUGGAGUGUCUAAGGGAACACAGGUUAAGGUUUUAGGAAAAUUUGAUAAAGAAGGGAUGCAGAUUGAUUCAGAGAAGCUAAAAGAAUUAUAUGCGUGUGGGUCAUUGGACAAUUCUAUUGAAAAGGUCAGUUCAAGAAUUUGUAAGUUGAUUAGACAAGAACUGUGGGGGGAGGAAGUUGAGAAUCGAUUGCGGGAAUUGAAUAUUGAUUAUUCCAGCGAUUUGGUUGCAAUGGUUUUGGAAAGCCUUGGAACAAAACCAAACAAAUCUUUGAUAUUCUUCCGAUGGGUUGAAGAGAGCAGUUUGUUCAAGCAUGAUGAGAGAACUUAUAAUUCCAUGGCAAGGGUGUUAGGAAGGCAGGAUUGCAUAGAUAAGUUCUGGAAAGUGGUGAAUGAGAUGAGGGAUGCAGGGUAUGAAAUGGAAGGGAAAACUUACAUAGAGACAUCGGUUAGGUUCAUUAAGAUGAAGAUGAUCAAGGAUGCUGUCAAUUUGUAUGAGUUUGCAAUGGAUGGAGCGAAUAAGCCUUCGAUGCAUGAUUCUACCUUUCUUCUCAAGAAAAUAGUGGUUUCCAAGGAGCUAGAUAUGGAGUUGUUUGGAAAUGUCGUAAAGAAGUAUGCAGAUGGUGGAAGUGUCUUUGCCAAUUCAAGCUUGAGUGCAGUUCUUAAGUCCUUAGCCAGUGUGGGUAGAUACCAUGAAUGCAAUAAGGUCUUGAAAACGAUGAAAAGUGGAGGAGACUUCUUACCUGGUGAGAAUUUGCAGACUAAGAUUGCCUUUAAGCUUAGCAGUAAGAAAAAGAAAGAGGAGGCAGGUGAGUUCCUUGUCCACAUGGAAGCCUCUGGUGGUGAGACUAAUCACAGAACAUGGGCUUCUUUGGUUAGGGGGUAUUGUAUUGCUGGAGAUCUGGAGGAAGCUUCUAGAAGUUUCCGUGAGUCCAUAGAAAAGGAAGGCAUCAGUGGUGCUGGGUAUUCCUUGGAUUUAUUGGUUAAUGAAUAUUGUUUUAGGAAGAGGAGUGCCAUUGAUGGGUUCAAGCUCUUAUCCAAUUCGGUCAAGCAAAAUGGAGUGAAACCUUGGCAUUCCACUUACAAGUUGUUGACAGAAGAGCUAUUAGCCCGGAGAAAUUUUAACGAGGCUGUGCAUCUUCUAGGAUUGAUGAAAAAUGAUGGUUUCCCACCUUUCUUGGAUCCCUUCAUAAAGUAUGUGACAAAGAAGGGUACAACUGAUGAAGCAUUGAUGUUUUUGAAGGGAAUGACAGUACAUAAGUUUCCUUCUAUUUCCGUGGUUCUUCGUGUCUUUGAAACGUACAUGGAGAAGGGAAAACACAGUGAAGCACAGGAUCUACUGUCAAAAUGUCCUAGCUUCAUUCGAAACCAUGCUGAUGUUCUAGAUCUUUUCCACUCAAUGAAGCCUAAAACUUCUUCUUCUGUUGCAUCUGUAACUUGCUAAAAGACCAGACCUGGCUGUUUCUGUCUUCUGUGGUUUUCAAGAAUUUUACUUUUGCUUGGUCAAAUGACACACUGUUAGUUGAUAAAAUAACCAAGAGGAUUUAUAUUUA